AUGUCGUUCUAUCGUUCGGAAAGUACUAUUCUUAUCGAUUACAAAAAUUCAUUAAACACCUUAGACAGUCUCAAGUCUGACGAAUACUUUUUACCUACCGAAGUAGCGAUACACAAUAAAUCAAACGAUUGUUGGGUUUCUUGUAACGGCGUCGUUUACGAUCUGACUGAUUUAUGUAAAUUGUGGUUAUGUACACGAGCGAUAAAACCUAUAAUAGCGUACGCAGGAAAAGAUAUUAGUCAUUGGUUCGAUCAUAAUCGAGAUGAUAUUAAAUAUUAUAUUCAUCCUGUUACCGGUGUAUCAGUACCAUAUUGUCCACAUGGACCAAUACCGGAUGUAUCCGAUUAUGUCGUACCUUCUACAGAUUGGCGACCGUUAAACAAAUGUCCAUGGUGGUUAGACGAAAAAUAUAAGUUAGGUAAACUCACAAAAAAUCCACGACCUUGUAGAAUUAUCAAUGUUCUUACCAAAACGAGUUGUGUUAUAAUGGUUUGCGAAGAGGAUACGAUUAAACGUAUUCAAGAACGUGCUUCGUUAUUUAUUCCACAUGGACAAAAUUACUCGUGGACGUUUGAAGGGAAAGAUAUCAAUCUCGAUGGUACAUUAACGGAAAAUAAUAUUCCGGAUGAACGCGAACGUUUCGUAGCUUGUGGACUUCCCGAGGAUUAUUAUGUUCCAAGUAUUAUGUGUUAUUACAUCGACGAGGAAGAUUUGUACGAAUCCGAUUAAUCCGAAAUUAACGGGCUACGUAAUAAUAAUUAAUUA